AUGUGGCCUCGCAACAAACCCCCUCAGGAAGACGACAAAAAGGAUGAUAACACUUUUGAAAACGUCGACGAUGUCAAGGCGGAUAUGGAGAGCGCCCAUAUUGAGAAGAUCGAUGCUAGUGUGGACAAUAUUGCGACCAGCAUCGACAACUUACCAGUCAGCUGGUUCGUAUGGCUUGCAGCCCUGACCGCGUCAAUGGCUGGUCUGCUCUUUGGAUAUGAUACUGGUAUUAUUUCUGGUGUGCUGGUAUACCUGGGUGACUCUCUCAACAACAGACCGGUGACGAGUAACGAGAAGGAGAUGAUUACUGCUCUUUGUUCAGGAGGGGCGUUUGUCGGUGCUAUCUUUGCUGGAAAUACUGCGGACAAGUUCGGCCGCAAAAUGGCAAUCUACCUUGGCUGUGUCCUUUUCAUAGCCGGCGCCGUCAUCCAGGGAGCAGCCUACACAGUCGCCCAAAUGGCCGUCGGUCGCCUUGUCGUCGGCUUCGGCGUCGGCUGCGGCGCAAUGGUGCUACCAUUAUAUGUCGCCGAAAUCGCACCCGCCAAAGCCCGUGGCAAACUCAUCGGCUUGAACAAUAUGUCCAUCACCGGCGGCCAAGUCGUCUCCUACGCAAUCGGCGCUGCCUUUGCCAGCGUCCCCAACGGAUGGCGAUACAUGGUUGGACUUGGUGCCGUACCUGCCAUUGUCCUGGGGGUGCUUAUGCCCUUCUGCCCUGAGUCACCUCGUCAUCUGGCAUACAACGGUCGCAAUGCCGAGGCCAGACUUGUUCUUCGGAAAAUCUACAGAAAGGCCACCGAGGAUCAGAUUGAUGCAGUUCUUCUCUCUAUUUGUUCGGCCUGUGACCAGGCCCGCGAGAUGAACGAGAGUGGUUCGCGAUUCUCGAAGAUUAAACAGCUUCACACUGUUCCGAGUAACCUGCGCGCUUUGAUUAGUGCUUGUGGGUUGAUGGUUAUCUCUCAGCUUUCGGGUUUCAAUGCUCUCAUGUACUAUUCUUCUACGCUCUUUGCGCUGGUCGGAUUCGAUAACCCCACUGCUGUUGGUCUUGUUGUUGCCGGUACCAACUUUAUCAUGACUUUCGUUAAUAUGAUGACGGUCGAUACCAUGGGUCGCAGAAAACUGCUUCUCUCGACUGUAUGGGGCAUGGCGGUGGGCAUGAUUGCCGUUGCUGUUGCUUUCAUGUGGAUUCCUGUGGACCUGGAUACGAUGGAAGUUACUGGGAAGGGAGUUUCCAACGCGGCCAUUGUUGUUUUGGUAUUUAUUAUUUGGUUCGUGGUCUUCUACGGCGUUUCAGUUGGAAACACUGCCUGGAUGAGCACCGACUUCUUCCCUCUCGAAGUUCGCGCUAUCGGAACUAUGUGGUUGACAUGCUCGAACUGGGGAGCCAAUGUUAUCAUCUCCAGUACAUUCUUGUCUAUGAUGAAGGCGUGGACCCCGUCUGGAGCCUUUGGAUUCUUCGCUGCUAUUUGUGGUCUCGGCUACAUCUGGCUCUACUUCUUCUAUCCCGAAGUUUCGGGACUUGUUCUGGAGGAGGUUAAGGAGGUCUUCGAGCAUGGAUUUGGUGUUAAGUAUGCUCGCGAGCUGAGAAAGGAGAGAAAGGAGAUUAUUGAGGAGAGGAUGAAAAGUAUGGAGAAGCCGGUUGCUGCUGGACAUUAA